AUGAAUCCCUACUCCGGGGACACCACGUCCCACGACACUACGCUGGAGAUGCGAGACACCACAGGGUCCACGACCUACUCUAAGGUCGCGUCCUCGUCGAAAUACACCACCACCGUGAAGACUACCGGCCUGACCAGUUCUACUACGCGCCAGAGUAGCAGCGGUGCCUCGACCGACACCAAGGGCCACUCGAGCGGCACAUCAUACUGGUGGUUCGUGGUUGGCGCCGUGCCGGUGGCCACAUUCCUGCUUGUCACCAUUCCCAUCGCCGCUUUCCUCAAGAGCUUCGUGGCCCAGUUCUAUGAGGCUAUCAUCGAGCGCGGACGCACGGACCCGUGCGAAGACUUCUACUCGCAUGUGUGCCGGAAGUGGUCGCACAACGCGCGCAUUCCCCCGUACGCCAGGAAGUUCUCGUUCGACGACUGGAUCGUCUCGGAUAUCGAGAAGACGCUCUUCGCGGAGAUCGAAGCUUCUAUUACGGAGCAGGGCCAAAUCAUGAACCAAAUGACUCACAUUCCUGUCCGAAAGUUCGAGGCGAUCUUCGCAGCCUGUCAGAACGCAGAACGUAACAGCAGCAUGGACGACAUCAAGAAGAUGCCACGCAUUCUCGGGCUGGAGCACUUCCCGUCGCUAGACCCUGAGGGCGACCCCAAGAUCUCCAUGAUCGCUGCCAAGCUGGCCAAGAACUUCGGCCUUUUUCCUCUUGUCAAAGUCCAGAUGAGAGUAGACCCCGACGAUUACUCUAAAGUCAUCAUCUACUUAGACGAGCCUGAGACGACCGCGCUUCCCAAGUUCAUUCUCUCAACCACGGAGUCAUCAAAUUGGCUUCGACAAAGCGUUUGCGACGCCAUGCUGUCCGUGUAUGGCAUCGUACCGACGAAUGACCAGUGGGACACACUAUGCGACAACAUUCAGGCCUUCGACAUUGAACUCAUAAAGAGGCUGAGGUACGCUGAAGGUCACCGCACUGGCGUGUACUACGACAAAAAAGUGCUGAAGCUGAAGGACCUUGACAACUCGUUCUACUGGAAUUGGAUGACAUUUUUGAAGACUAUAUUCGAGGGAUCAUCCACAAGCAUUGGUCCACAGACGAAAAUUCUCGUAGGCAACGUGAAAUACGUUUCAGGCUUGGCGCGGUUCCUUCAGAAGCAGUCCAAGGACGUAAUCUACAACUACCUGGGCUAUCGUGUGCUGCUGCGCCUUGGUCUGCUCUACCGGACGCACGAGAAGCACGUGAAGACGCUGUUCUACCGCUACCACCUUGGCUACAAGACUGAGCCUGAGCGGUGGCGCCUCUGCUUGCGCUAUGCCGAGAAAAGCAUGCCUACAGCCGCAUCGUGGAUCUACCACAUGUGGAUCAAGAAAAAGUUUGGCCUGAAGGGCGACAAGCUUUGGAUCAAAUUCUUCAACGUGUACCGGAAGAUCUACGAAAGCGUGGACUACUCUUACGCAUACAGCUACUUGACGACGGCAGACGCUAGAGUUGAAGCAUACCGCAAGCUGAAGGAUGUGCGGCUACAGCUCUUUUUUAUUAACGCCACCAUGACAGACCCACUCCUGAAGCUCUACGGAGGUCAGGAGACCAAAAUAAAUGUCAAUGCUCCGGUUCCAGGAAUCUACCAAAUGACAAAACAUUACUGGAACAACUACUUCUCCAUUGGUAAAAACAGUCGCGAACUCGACAUUGCGUACACAGGGUCUAUCUUCGACAUCUACAGCACGUACCACUACGACCUAAAUUCUUUGUACAUUUCUCAUGGCGCGUUUCAUGGACCUAUGUAUGCAAGGGACCACCGUCUACUUCUCGACUUGGUAAAGAGUGGCUACAGAAUUGGUAGAAACCUGCUUAAAGCAAUCGAUGAAAGAGGCGGCUACAUUGACUCCGAGCACGCGCGAGAAGACUGGAUGGGCUACUACACCCGGCAGAGGCUCUUGGCAAACAAGCAGUGCGUCUUCAAGCAAUACACCAGCAAGAGGGUCGCUGAGAGCCGUCUUAAGCUGAACGCCAACGCAACAAUUGAUGAGGACAUGAUUGACGUCGCCAUCGUGACGCCGCUUUUGAGGAAGUUUCCUGUUGCCCUGACAACUCCGCCACCUUCGCUCAACUUCUUUACGCUUUUUUUAACUAACCGUCUUCUUAUUUAUUCUGUGAGCUGGCCAGUUAACGCUUCCAGCAUGCAGAAGUACCGGUGGUACGCCCAGUUGUAA